UGUUAUCAGUAACUACCAACGACCAUCGACCGUGAAGUGUUGUCAGGUAUUUGGUUGGCUAAUGUCUUAUUUAUAAUUUGUUUUUGUUUGUGAUGCAAUUGCUUAAUCCAAUAAAGAAAUAUCUGACACGGUACCCUACGCGGAGUUUGCUGUACGUCCACUAGAAACUGUAGAACAAUGAAUUUCCCUUUGAUAAUAAACGUUUUGAUUUCGGUAUGCGCCUACUUAAUGGCGAAGCGAAUCAUACCGGCAAUGGGAGAUAUGUUCAUAAAGGCAAAUCUGUUCGGACAAGAUCUGUGUAAGAAAGAUAAGAAAAAAAUCCCAGAAUCACAGGGGGUGGUGGCUGGUUGCAUAUUCCUGGUGGCAACGUUCAUUUUCAUCCCGAUCCCAUUCAGUUACCAACAAAUCGUGGAUAAGAAGGAAUUCCCACAUGAAGAGUUUGUGGAGUUGAUCGUAGCUCUUCUUUCAAUUUGCUGCAUGAUAUUGUUAGGAUUUGCCGAUGAUGUCCUCGAUUUGCGGUGGCGACACAAACUCAUUUUACCGACUGUAGCCACACUACCAUUACUAAUGGUUUACUAUGUAAAUUUCAACUCAACCACUGUCAUAAUGCCAAAGAUAAUUAGACCUCUCGUCGGGAUGUCUUUAGAUAUAGGGGUAUUAUAUUACAUAUAUAUGGGAAUGCUAGCUGUAUUCUGUACGAACGCUAUCAAUAUUUUGGCGGGAAUCAAUGGACUGGAAGUCGGCCAAGCGUUAGUAAUAGCGUGUUCAAUUGUCAUUUUCAACUGUAUAGAACUAGGGCGAGACAGUACAGCUAGGACAUAUCAAUUUUCACUGUAUUUAAUUAUACCAUUUUUAGCGGUCUCCCUGGCGUUAUGGAAGUUCAACAGGUUUCCCUCGAAAGUUUUUGUUGGCGAUACAUUUUGCUAUUUCGCUGGGAUGACAUUUGCCGUCGUGGGAAUCCUUGGACAUUUUAGUAAAACACUCUUGUUGUUUUUCAUCCCUCAAAUCAUCAAUUUCCUCUACUCGUUUCCGCAAGUGUUUUGCCAGGUACCAUGUCCACGACAUCGCCUUCCUAAAUACAAUCCAGAAACGGACUUGCUUGAGACAAGCAAAACGACUUUCCAUUUAGAUAAACUUACUUUCCUUGGAAAGUUUUUCGUUGUUCUAUUCAAAACGCUGCAUAUAAUCCAGUGGACCGAAGGAAAAGAUGGGACAAUCACUACAAAUAAUUUCACUCUAAUUAAUUUUAUUCUUUAUCUUUUCGGGCCAGUCCAUGAGAAGGUCUUAACACAGAUGCUAUUAGGUGUACAGAUAUUAUGUACGUGUGUGGCAUUCAUUAUUCGCUAUCCGCUAGCUGGGUAUUUUUACGACACCUAAUUUAGGAUGUUGAAUAAAUGAAAUGUAUUUCAGAAUGACCACAAGA